GCAGAAGUUUCUGGUGACACUACUGGUGCUUCGCCUCUGCUUGGGGCAAGGGGGUGGGGGGUGCCGGUAGUGACCGUCCCCGGCUGCUGCCGCCACGAGGGUAGGAAAACACUCCCGUUCGCCUUUGUGUUCGACAGCGCCGCGUUUAACCUCGUUUCUUGUCCCACUUGUUUGGUAAUGACUUCUAGAACGUUCUGGGCAAGAAGCCGGUUCAUGUUUUUGCCCGGAGUGGCCCGUCUCCCCCACGCUGCCGAGUAACCAUGGAGGGAAGGGAGUGUGCGGCCGCAGCCAGUGGUUCUGCCCCUCGAAAGGCUGAAGUCAGAGAGAGUAGCAGUAACAGCAGGGAAACUUGUGACUUGAAACAGGAAAACGUUCUUGGAGGUAAUGAGGUGAAAAGUACAGCAGUGGUGAAAUACUCUGCUGCGCCACCUCCUGCAGCAUACGCACGACUUCAAGAGAAAACAGACCUUAAAUUGCCUCCUGCAAAUUGGCUGCGUGGGAUUAGCCAACUUGGACAAAUGGAUGCAACUUCUCUUGGAACAAGCAAAAAGAGCAAGCCAUUUUCCAGCUUUGGAAUGGCAUAUGACUUCAUUGACUGCAUUGGGAAUGAUGUUGAUGUUGUUUCUGAUUCUGAGAACAUAAAAAAGUUACUGAAGAUACCAUACAGCAAAUCACAUGUCAGCAUGGGUGUUCAUCGUGUUGGAAGGACCCUCUUGCUUGAUGAAUUAGAUAUUCAGGAACUGUUUAUGACCUCAUCCCAGACAGGAGACUGGAAUUGGCUAAAAGAAUUAUACCAAAGACUUGUGGAUCCAAAAUGGCAAAGAAAAAAGAAAAGCAGGGAGCAGUUCUAUCAGAAAGCAAUUCUUUCCAAAUUUCUAUACUAUAGUGUCAAUGGAGAUUGUGAAGCUGAACCAGUUCCAACUCCUAUAGCACAACCUGCUGACACUCAGCCCCAGGUAAACCCCAUAGCUGUAGAGGAUUCCUCCUGGCCUGCACCCCUGAGAACAUCUGCUUCCGUCGCUGAAGAUGGAAAUCCUCAGGAACAGGGGAAUGUUCCUCUGGAAGCCACAUAUGUAUUAGAGCAGGUGGCCACUACCCCGAAAGAACAAAAUCUGACUACUUUUUUGAAUGAAGGGGAAAACAGUCAGGGGCUUAAAAAUGAUUUUGUCAGGAAUAUUCUUUGGACGUUUGAAGAUAUUCAUAUGCUUGUGGGUUCAAAUAUGCCUAUUUUUGGUGGUGGAAAAUAUCCAGCUGUAAGCUUAAGACUCAGGGAUAGCAACAAACCAAUUAACAUUCUGACAGGGAUUGACUAUUGGCUUGACAAUUUAAUGUGCAAUGUUCCAGAACUUGUCAUGUGCUUUCACGUUAAUGGGAUUGUACAGAGAUAUGAAAUGAUAAAGACAGAAGAUAUCCCUAAUUUAGAUAAUUCCAGUUUCUCCACUAAAGUGGUAAAAGAUAUUGCUCAGAAUAUUCUCUCAUUUCUAAAGGCAAAUUGUACUAAAGAAGGACAUACGUAUUGGCUCUUUAAAGCAAGUGGAAGUGACAUUGUAAAACUUUAUGAUCUGACGACACUUUGUGAAGAAACAACUGAAGACAAAUAUCAAAAUCCUUUCACCAUGCCUGUUGCUGUCUUACUGUACAAGGUUGCAAGUAACAUGAUGAAGAAGAAAGUUCAGAACAGGAAACAUUAUGGGAUUAUAAGGACCCUCUUGUUAAAUUGUAUUAAACUGCUGGAUAAAGAAAGGCAUCCUCAGUUUGUGCAAAUUAUUGCUUCAGCCAACUACAUGAUCUCAGAGCUUUUCCAACUAGAUGAACCACCAAAACGAGAUGAAAAUGGAUCAAAUCUGAAUGAGAAUUCUGAUAGUUACAGUGAAGAUGAGGAUCUUCCAGAGGACAGUGAUGAAAAUGGUUCUUUCAGCAAUGGCUCUGAACCUUCAGACGAUAGCAAAGCUGUUGCUAUCAUUAAAUCUGUUGGAGAAUUGUCUGUACCUGAGAAGUACAAAUCAAUACACCAGAUAAGGCCCAUCUGUGCGUUUCCAGUUUGUCAUGAUACAGAGGAGCGAUGCAGAGUUGUUCUCAAUUACGUUCUUGAGGGGCUGAAGGCUGUAGAUGGGAGUGUUAAAAAGGAGACUGACCUUCCGGCUGUUGAUCCCAGUAUUCCAAUACCUUUGAAGUAUGCAGACGAAUCUGAAUGCACAGGUCACGAAGCUCUUAAGAAACAAAUUGCUUUGUUUUUGGACAAAGUUGGCCCAGCUCAUAAAACACAUGAACUUCCCAGCCAAUCUGGGAUGAUACCAGAUACAUGGCAAUAUCAAAUGAAAUUGAAUCUAAUCUUUAAAGCUUCAAGAGCUUACUUUGUUCUCUCGGAUGCAGCUACUACUUUGCAAAAGUAUGGUAGAGCGUUAAGAUAUAUUAAACUUUCUCUACAAUCUCUUGAUGCCUAUUGCUGCCUUAUUAACAAUUUGUCACCUGAAGUCCUGUUCUUUCUUAGUCAAUGUUUGACACUAAAUGGUGACAUUCAGUUAAUGUUAGCUCAAAAUGCCAGUAAUAGAGCAGCUUAUCAAGAGGAAUAUAACUACCAAACUAGAGAAGAUCAAGAAAUAUUGCAUAGCCUCCACCGAGAAUCCAGCUGCCAAGCUUUCAGCUGGGCUACAGAGCUUUAUAUGGACUUGGAAUACCAACUUUCAGUUAGCUGCAAAUGUUACGAGGCCGCAACUGAACUGCUUCAUUCCUGUGAUCAAAAUGUUCAUGUUAUCGAGCAACUUACGCAAGUGUUGAAGAGAUUAGGCAACAGCAGAAAUGAGGUUGGAGUUUUUUACAUGAAUCAGGCUGCAACUGUGCAAACUGAAGGAACAGCAAGCAAAGGAAUAACAAUGAUAGAACAAGAGCUAUGGAAGAAAAGCUUUUCUUAUUUUGAAAAGGGUAUUCAAGACUUUGAGACUAUAGAAGAUGAAACUAAUGCUGCCUUAUUGCUUUGCAACACUGGGAGAUUGAUGAGACUUUGUGCUCAGGCACAUGCUCCAACUGGAAGUGAUUCAAAAAGAGGAGAAUAUUCACCUGAGGAAGCCAUGUAUUAUAACAAGGCUGUGGAUUACUAUCUAAAGGCAAUGAGAUCACUUAGCAGAUGGGAAAAACAUCCAGUUGUUUGGGAUUCUGUGAAAUGGGAAUUGUCAACAACCUAUUUUACAAUGGCAACCCUGGAACAAGAUUAUGCUCCAUUAUCAAGAAAAGCUCAGGAACAGAUUGAGAGAGAAGUUGCUGACUCUAUGAUGAAGUCUCUCAAGUACUGUGAUAUACGUACAGAAUCUGCAAGACAACCCUUGUGUCAGUAUCGGGCUGCAACAAUUCAUCAUAGACUUGCCUCCAUGUAUCAUAAUUCUCUUAGAAACCAGGUUGGUGAUGACCAUUUUCGUAAGCAGCAUCGCAGCUUGGCCGAUCUCCAUUACAACAAGGCUGUGAAAUUGUUUCAGUUGCUGAAAGAUGCACCUUGUGAACUGCUGCGUGUUCAGUUAGAACGGGUUGCAUUUUCAGAAUUUCAGAUGGCAAAUCAAAAUAGCAAUGUUUCAAAACUGAAGACUCUUUCAGGAGCACUGGAUAUAAUCAUCAACUCAGAAUAUCCAUUUUUGCUUAUCCAGAGUGAACUUUCCACAGUCCAAGCACUGCAAGGAAAUUGUCAAGCAUGCCAUGAUGGAAAAAUGCCUGAAAAUGAUUCCUCCAGCUUGAACGAAGAAGAGAUCACAAAUCUUGUCAACAUGUUUGAAGCUCGACUUUCUUUCCUGUUGUUUCAACUUAUCAAACUACUGACCUCAAAAAAGAAAAGCAGCGGCGUUGGUGAUGAUCGAAUACUGUUGAAAAACUACAAGCAUGCUUAUUCUACAUUAUUGCGGGCAACAGCUGAUAAGGACACCUCUUUAAUACAGAGAGUGGAAUUGAUACUGAGUUUAUUGAAACAUUUAUCAUCCAGAUCAUCAGUUGAUGAGACUGGAUCUGUGUGAUUAUCAGGUGUUCUCCCACUGUUGUACUCAAAACAUCAUUAUAAAAUCUGAAUUUUGUUUUUCUAUGAUCAUUUUUGAAUGGUGACAGUUUAAGUAACCUGCCAAAAGGCAAAUGAGCAAUCUUCAAAAAGCAUUUAUGAUCUAUGAAUACAUAAAUCUCAAAUCAUUAGAGUUACCAGUGUGAACAGUACUUCAAGAAAUAAUUUGUACCAAUUAAAAGCUGUCUUUGAAGCAAUAAUUUAAUUUACCCAUGAAUGUCAUAUUGACACAAAGGCAAGAAAUUCCCAGAUUCAGACCCUAUUAAGCCAGUUCCAGCCACACUGGCAGUAAAGCUGCUGCUAGUAGCCAAAUUAUCCCUGAGCUGAGGAGGAGGAAAAGCAUUCAUUGUCCCUGCUUUCUAUAGCUUUUCAGUUACCCUUAUCAGAAAUGGAAUAAAUGUGAUGUCUGGUGGUGCUUCAGAUUUGAAUAGUUUCUUGAAAAAUUCUACCUUAGCUUGAGGAAUGGCUAGUUGAUGAGGAACUGAGGAGACCUGUCUGCCAGCAUGGGUCACUGUCACUGAGAGAAAGACAAAAUUGCUAACCAGCAUAAGCUUUGGAUAAUGUUGAAAUGAAGCUGUAAUUUAAAUAUUGUGUAUUAUAAUAUGUAUGCACCUUGCAUUCAAAGGUUUGUCAGUGAGUUUCUACAUGAAGUAAUGGCACAGAAACUGACAAAAUGAAUGACCCUCUUCAGAUUAUGAUUAAUUAAUGGAAAAAGAUAUGUUAAUGGAUUUUUUAAAUGUCCUUAACUUGCAAAACAGUCCAUCACAAGUUGGUACAAGUGGCAAGUUGCAUUUUAGUCACGUGUUAUACAGAAUAUUCAUAUUAAUAGGUGAGCUCGUUUUUUUUCCUGAUGAUAAUGGAUGAAUAGUAAAGAUUUAUUUGUUUUUAAACUCAUUUAUCUAUGGGAAAGUGGAAAUCAGUACUGUGGGGUUAGUUUCAAAGAAAAAAGGUGAACUACAAUUUUUGAAGAUCUACAGAUGUGACCAGUUGAUAGAUAUCACCAUGAUUCUUUACAAUUCUUCUUCAAAUGUGGAAAUUGCUGGGAAAACCAUUAUUUGUUGCCUGUUGCUACUUACUAAGAUGGUAAUAGUGUGGCAUACUGCCGUUGGUGUGAUGAAAUUGCUCCCGCAAUAAGCAGGACAUUUUUGAUCUAGCAACAGUGAAGGAAUGGGGAUAUCUAUAAUUUUAUAUAAAGAGAACUUGGGAUUGAUGGUUCUGUGCACUUGAUGUCUUUGACUUGCCAAUUGGAGGUCAUCAGUUUUCCUGGCAAGUUCCUGCAAAGAAUUAUAUAGAUAAUUCAUCCUGAAUGCUGGAAUUGAACGUGAGUGUACAUUUGAUAUAGUGGGUGAAUUGCUGAUCAUGUGGAAUUUGAUGUAUGAUAUUAAAUCCUCAACUGUUGCAGCUAUAUCUCUGUAGGCAAUUUAACAAUGAAUUGUAUCAUCUAGUCCUGAGGCGUUUUGAAGAGUCAGGACGUAAACCAUUCAUUAUAGAAUACCCAGCCUCUGACCUACUUGAGAUGUUAAUAUAGAUUGUCCAAUCGAGUUUUUGGUUAAGAAUGAUUCCCAGGAUGUUGGUGAAGAACUUGUCUAUGUUAAUGUCAUUCAGUGUCAUGAGAUAGUGAGGCACCCCACCUCGUUGAAAUUGUCUUUGGUAUUUUUGUGGCAUGAAUAUUACUUGCCUGUUAACAGCCCAAGCCUGCAUGUUUUGUGACAGGUCCGCACAGGUUUUUUUUAUUGACACUCUGAGGAUGUAAGGCAGGAAUUAUGCAAAUAUUUAGGUGCACAUUUUUCAUUUUGAUCAUUACUAUUGAUAGCUUUGUGAAAUAAACAUCCAAGGAGUACACUAAAUUUGAAAAUACUUAAUUAUUUAACUCUAUUGCUGUUACAAAUGAUUGGGGGAGAAAGAAAAGGUGUUACAGAUGGUAACAUGCACUCAGAAGGGUAAAUAUCUACAGUUACACAAGCAGAUUGCAUUUUAAUAAAGAAAAUUCAAUAAAUGUCUGCUUUUCACGAUGUACAGUUUGUAUAUUACAUAGUGGCAUUGCAGGAUUUUUGCUAACAAUAUGUAAAAUUUGUAACUAUAAUUGUGUAUAUACUUUUAAAAAUGUGUGCAGUGUUCUCCAGGUAAAUUGGAAUGCAACUUUUUAAAAAAAAGUCAGGGUUCAGUUUACAGAUUACUUCAUGUACUGUCAAUUCAAGAAGUGUGAAGAAUGAAAAAUAUGGAAGCAUGUGCAGAAUCUGCGACUAGUGUGUCUGUGUGAUAACUAGUACUAAAUGAACAAUCUGAUAGUUUUUUUUGUUUAGGUCAGAUUUUAUUCCCUUGUUUUUCUAUGAAGUUUCCAGUGUGUUUUGGGCUGAAUUAGAGAAUGCUAUUCAGUGAAAACAGCUGUUUAUGAAUCCAUCUCAGAAUCUGUCAGCUCUUGUUUUAUAAAAGUGAAAGUCUACUAGCUUUCAUGGGAUAACACAAGCCAUAUUAGAAAUGUUGGAAGUUAAAUGAAGAGGUUGAUUAUAUUAUUUACAGUUUACUGCAAAAGUGUUACAAGAUCUGAAUUUUUUGUAACUUUUAUAAUUUUUCACCUUUCCUGUUCAAUAAGGACAGGUAACUAUAUAUGAGGGCUCUGCAGAGUUUGUUCAGAAAUUCAUUUUGUUGGAAGAAUGUGUUUUUCCUGCUCCAGUAGACACAAGCUAAUACAAUGUGACAUUUUUAAAUAAAAUAUAUUAAUAAAGUAUGAAAACAAUC